AUGUCCGUUAGUGUGACCGUACAUGAUGUUGAUCUGCCGAUGGUGUCGAACCCGUUGGCCGAUCUGGAAAGUGUCCGUAAGAUUGCCAACGAAAAGCUACGCAUCCGACGGCUAGUACAGGUCCGUCAACAAUCGAAACAGUUAGCAGCGAAAGUGCGCCAAAAUUAUCAGCAAGCCAAGGAGAAAGAGUUGGCCAAAAUUGAGCAAACGAAACGCGAAGAAGUGAAGGCCUGGAAACGGCAACACGUCCGUAACCUGCAGGAGGAAUAUGCGCGUAAUGUUUGUGAAGUUGGUGAAGCACACCGGGCGGCCGAAGCGGCCGAAGGAUGUGCCGUUUGGUUUGAGGAAAAACGUGCCACUCAGCAGGCGGUUGCUUUACAGCGUGGGAAAACGGCGGAAGCAAACGCAGCGAGGGAACGGGAACGUAAAGUGGCAGAGAAAGAAGCAAAGCUGCGGAAGAAACAAUACGUGCCAUCGAAAUCCAUUGCCGUACAAACAGUCAAUCCCGUUGUAGUACUACCAGCACCGGCGGCCGUAGAUGCUCGAAAGGAACCUGCUGUCAUUCCGGCUGAUGGCGACAGUUCUACGGAACCUACACCAAGCCCGUACGAACACUUUCGAUCUAGUAGGCAACGAAAAGGCUUACACCCGACGUUCCCCGAAACGAACCUGUCCGAGUCGGAAGACGAACAUUACUGUCCAGGUAUUGCCCCAGUCCGCAUCGACAAAGAGAAUGUUCCAAUGGUGGUACAUGAGUACAGUGCCACUGCAUUCACGUCACCGAGCGAUUAUCGACCGAAUGUUGUUUCACCACCAGCACCACCGAAACCACAACGACUGCAACCAUUCACCCAAAUCACGGAACUGAUCCAACAAAGACGCCGUCAGCGGCAACACUCACUGCACGAUGAGACUCGACAACCUUCCGGUGCAUACCGUGACACUUACGGAACACAGAAAACGGUCCAGUUUGACAACUUGAGUGACAACACACUUUCUUUUCCUACAAGCUCAGUUCUCACACAUGACGAUCGUCCGUUUCCGAUCGCCACGAAUGACUCGCCCCGAAAAGUUCCACCCCGAAGGAUGGUUGAAAACCCAAAAACUCUACCACUAUCGCAGAGAAUUGAUCAGCAGCAGGAAGAGGUUGUAGGAAAGCGUCGAAAGAAGGCGGUCCCACCGGAGUCGAGUUCGUCCACUGCAUCGUACGGAGGUGUUUGUAGUACGAAGGUGCAAUACUACGAUUGUAACACCAAGUACCGGAAGGAGUACGAUCAGCCGGUUGGGUUUGUGCAGCGCGAAGAUCAUCGAUCGAAUGAUCCUACCGGUAUGGAGGAAGCGAAUCGAUACGAAUUCCUGCAGCAAGAGCUUGCCAAAGCACGAAGCAAACCACCGGUGGAUCGCACAAAACCGGCUCUAGAAAAGCAGCAAACGAGAAAAGAUUACGAAAAGCUGUCGCAAGAGUUGGACAAUUUAACGCGAGUGGAAAAUAAGCUGAAAAGUUUAGCAAUUCCGACGAAAACAGUGCCUUCGGAAGCCACGGUUAAGCAGCAGGCAGCAACGCGUCAACGGAAGGCGGUCGAAGCGGUUGAAAGUUUACUUCGGCAGCGCGCUCUCGUGACGUGUCCGAUUGUGCAAAAGCCAACCUCGUCCGAACAGCGCCCUCCGACCGUACGUCCAUCCGUAGUAAAUGUGGCGCAAAUGAAAACUGGAAGCGGUACCAUCCAGCCGGAAGGGAAAGAUAUUUCCACCGACAGUUGUGCCUCGAUCGUGCUGGACACGUUCGAGCGCCCCGGCAUUCCACUACCGUCCGAAGCAACCGGUGGGAUGGAUAAAAUAGCGAAGUUGAAGGAACUAUUGGAACAAAUUAACGAACAGCGCCGUUUGCUUACGGAAGAGUUAACACGUGAGAAAGCGGAACAGUUGGCAAAAGCAUCCGAUCGAAAGAUGGACGAUGCUUCGGUGAAGCUGGAAAUAGAGCGACUUGAGCGUAUGAAACGACGGCAAGAGGAAUUGCUCGAACAGCAGCAACUGUUGCAAAAGCGUGAACAGGAGGUAGAAGAACUAGGUCACCAGUUGGCAGAGAAGAUGGCAAUGUUGCAGAGAAAACAACAAAAACACCGAGAGGGAGAUGUGGCCGGAAAGAAGGUUAAGAAGGAUGCGAAGAAAACUCCCACGAUACACGUAGAAACAAAAGGUCAAAAGGGAACAGUCGAUGUGGACGUUGUUCAACCUUCGUCUGCAGGAAGCAGCAUCAGUGAAACCAGCAAAACCUCGUACGAAACCGUUGAUAAGCAAACGGGUGAUGUGCCACCGCCGGUAAAGAUUAUCAUCACCGUAAACGAUAAGGGACUAUCGCCAUCGAAAAAGAAGCACAAGAAAAAGUCUGUUCAGAAGAAAACAUCUCCUGUAAAGGUUGUAAUGCCGGAACAGGUGUCCGCAAUUCCAGAAAAACAAGUAACGUUGGAACCGGCUCAGCAGCCAAUCCAACCGAUCAUAAAGCCGCUUGCAACUCGGAAAGAUGUACAAGUCAGAAAGAAGGUAAUGGAGCUCUCACCCGGCAGUUCUUCAACGACAUCAACCGUUUAUCGACCACUUCCUCCAAAGAUCGGUAGUUUAAAGAUCCUUCAGCGUGAAGUACCCGGAGCUGCAAACGAGCCAAACAAACAAAUCCUCCCCGAUACAUCGAAGGCUUCAGCAGCUACGAAGUAUCACCUUCAGAAAAGCGAUGAUCGCAAAAAGUUGGGCAUCACACCGGGUGCGAAUCUGAACCCAAAUCUGCUCAAAUACAUUGUCCGAUUGCUCGGUAUGUCACGGCAAUCGAUUGAUCAGCUUGGAGUCAGCUCGACAAGCGUUUCGACACCGAACGAAUCGAUCGUAAAUGUGAGCAGUAAUGUAGCCGGUGGUCAACCGGCGGGGGUUGUCCAAGUUGGAUCGCUUGCCCCGAACGAGGCAGAAAUUGAGCGCGCUAAUCGGUUAAGGAAAUUUAUCGAUGAAAAUUAUAACUUUCUGCAAGAGAUCGACGAAACGCUACGCCGAUCCGAUCAGUCAACGUUGGGUAGCAGCGAUCGGAGUGGUAUUUCGGCUGCGAACGAUGGCAGUUUGUUGAAUGAACCGUCGGAUGAUGUUGAAGUGAGCCGUGUGGAAGGAAUAUGGAUGGAAACGUUACGGCGCAGAGAACGAACAAUGCAGAAACAGCAGAAAAAAGCUGCCGUUGGUACCGACGAGCAAUCGUCGAAGGGAAAAUCGAAUAAAAAGCAACUUGAUAAAAAUCAACGAAUGGAACCGACUUCUAGUGAGGCAGUACACAGUAAGGCAACUGAACCCAGUUCUCGACCACAGCCAACGGCACCACCAGCACCGACAGUGAAGGAAGGUUCGUUAAAAUCUAUUUUGAAAUCUCCAAAACGGGAUGCGCCAUCGAAGGUGGCGAAAAUCAUCACACCCCAAGGCCAUGUGGAGGUGAUCAAUCUGAGCGAUCGGGAAGAGCAAGAAAUUCUAGAACGCUACUCCCAACUGACGGAACGAUGCAGCCAACGCAUUACAGAACUGUCCCAAAUGAUUAACCAGGUGCGUGAAGAAAAGCGGCGACUAAUUGAGGACAGUCUCUCUUCCUUGGAGCAACAAGAAUCGACGAAAUAUAUGGAUCUGCCACCAACGAUCAGUUCUACCGCGGCACAACAACCAUCACAGUCAUUACAGCAUCCUUGCGAUGUAGUUUUGUCACCACCGGGUCCAACCGCCCCCAGUGUAGCGCCGAUCGGGGAAGAUCCGGUAAGCGAAGAGAUUGACAACAUCUUCUCCUCCAAGCAGAUCGGGCUCAGCAAGGACAGUGGUAUUGCAAUGUCCCGUCCCCUAACCGCGUCCGAUAUACGGGAAAGCCCCUCCGAGGAAGGUAGCCAGGGGAAGGAACCACUGCCAUUCGAACCAUUCCUGAAAGAUAUUCCAAAACCAGCGCUAACGUCUUCUAUCGGUGGACAGGUGGAGAUUGGCGGAGGACCAAAACUGCUGUCCGUUGGUAGUGGUGUUUUACGCCGAAACACGCCACCAGUCGCCAUUGCACGAUUUAGUCCACAGCUACCGGAUGAACUGCCAAUGCACGAACUAUCUACGAUUCCGGAAGUGGAAACACCGGCACCGGUAGCUACAUCGAAAGUGAACGAUCUUUCGACGGUAUCGGUUUCAGCCGGGGAUAAUGCAAACACUGCCGAGGUACUGGCAGAAGCACGCAAUAGGUUGCUACUAAAUGAACCUUCGAUCCCAGACAUUGGGUACGAUCGGUUCAUGAACUAUGAGGAGUAUGUGCGAAGUACAGCAACCGGUACAACGACGGGGACGGCAUCGUUCGUGCGUAUGGAGCUAGAACAAACAGUUGAUCCUGUUGAAAGGUCUGCGUUGGCACUGGAUGUGACGGAGGAACGUGAACCGGAGAGACUAGCGUACAGGAAAUUCCCUGGACCAGCACCAGCGUUUGAUAUUACGGAAGAAGGCGAGGCAACAGUACAACAGUCGGUUGCAUCAGGAAGCACUGUUAAUAAAUCUGGUUCCGACGCAUCCCUCCCCGAUGUUGUGGCCGAGCUGAAAAAGUUGAACAUAAUCGUAAAACCGUUCGACAACUCGCUGGAUAACUCGAACCGUUCCACACCCCUAUCAGAAGCGCAAGAUACGCCAGCUCCUGCGAUCGGACAGCAACAGAGGCAGGAAAUAGCACGACCGGGAGGAUCGUCUCGACAGGAGAUUCCAGCAUCGGAUCUGCAACCAUUGUCCGAAUCGUUCAAACGUGAUCUGGACAACUUUGGUCUUUGGUGGGCUUCACCUAUGCUGAAGCGAACUCAACUCGAACAACACUCGAGCGGUUCGUCACCCAACUCACUAACGGGCGGAGCAAAAAUUGUCGGUCCAAACGAUGAAACCGUGGAAAACGAUGCGGAAGGGAUGGGCAAACCACCGAAUCUGGUAGAGUUUAUAACGCGCGAACUGAUGGUACGCACCCAGUCCGAUCUGCAGUCGCUUUCAUCGGUAUCUUCGAGUUCGCACGGUUCACACAGCGCGUUGCUACGUUCGCUGUUGAACAUAAGCCGACUGGACAAUAGCAAUUCCAACUCGAGCCCAACUCGAGAGUUGCUGAUGCAUACGCCGACGGACGGAAAAAACAUUCAGCGUACAUCCACACCAGUGGCGAGCAAAUCGACAGCCAGUGGCAAUAGCUUGAAAUUGACCGGCGACGGCAAUACGGAUACCGCAGUUACUAACCGUACCGAGACGGGACUGUUCUCGGGCGAAUCGCGACUUUCGUCCGUACACUGGAGCUCCUCUUCGGGUAACUCAUCGGACAGGCAGGAACCGCCACCACAACAGCGACUGACGGUGCCCGAUCUUCGACUAGAAAGGCAGUCCUCCACAGAAAAAAGUCAUCGAUGA